AAAAAAAAAACACUCAAAAAAAGCCCGGUCGAAAUCGAAGUAAUAAAAUAAUGGUAGAAGAAUUAAGAUUUUUGAGUCACUUCUGCUUUAAGGUGAAGUCCCUGCCAGCAGUUCUGCGGUGCAGGGACUGGAAGGGGAUGGGAGGAGUUUUUUUCGUGUUCUCGCUUUCUCUGCUUGCAGAGCAGCUUCACGUUUUGGAUUAUUGGAACACUUUUCCCGAACAAAAGCUUCAUGCCUGCGAAGGGAAGGUGCUGAGAAUACUAAUCUUUAACAGUCCUCUGGUGUAAAUGAAAGAGAAGAGCGGCCAUGUUCACACGGAGUCUUUAGUCAGUGCCCUAAGGAGCAUUCUUUCAGCUCUCUUGCUUUCUAGUCAGUGUUAGUCAGAGAGAAGACAAAACUGAUAUAUUUUGAAAGAAGUAUAAUGCAUUCUUCUCUCCUUUUUGACUUCUGUGUUUGCUGCCAAGACUCUGCUGCCCAGCAGGAAGGUGUCAUGUCGGCAGGCUUCCAACCUAAGCCAUUCCAUGAUUCCUGCCUUCUCCACGCCUGUCUGAAGGUCACCCUGUCAGGGUCCCAUUUUUCUACGUGCCUUUUUGAAUGCCUCUGCAAUAAAGAUGUCUCACCACAUGAUGAACAGCUCCACGUUGCCAACUACACAUCCUGAACAUCACCAUUCUACAGCGUCUCUGGGAGGUGGUCAUGGAUCUGGGAUGAUGAUGAUGGCGAUGACUUUCCACUUCAGCUAUGAGAAUGUGCCAUUGCUGUUUUCUGGUCUUACAAUCAAUACUCCUGGAGAAAUGGCUGGUGCUUUUGUGGCUGUCUUCUUCCUAGCCAUGUUUUAUGAAGGCCUUAAGAUUGCCCGGGAGUGUCUGCUCCGCAAAUCCCAAGUCAGCAUUCGCUACAACUCCAUGCCAGUGCCAGGUCCCAAUGGCACCAUCCUGAUGGAGACACACAAAACUGUUGGGCAGCAGAUGCUGAGCUUCCCUCACCUCCUGCAGACUGUACUGCACAUCAUUCAAGUCGUGGUCAGUUACUUUCUUAUGCUCAUCUUCAUGACAUACAACGGAUACCUCUGCAUAGCCGUGGCAGCAGGGGCAGGGAUGGGUUAUUUCUUCUUCAGUUGGAAAAAGGCAGUUGUUGUGGAUAUCACUGAGCACUGCCAUUAACACUGGAACUGCCCAGAAGCCCCUCCAUCUCACUGCUCUCUUAAAAUGCAGCCAUCAUGAAGACUGGAUCAUCCUAAGCUGAAAGAAAAGACAUAACAAACAUCUACUGGAGUUCACCACAAGUUCCUAGUGGGGGUGCAGGGAUGUGAGAAACUGGGGUAUGCAAGAGCCCCAUGCUGCAAGUGGGCAGCUCAGGAGUCCCAAGAUAGCUGUUCUUGGCUAGGAUUUGCUUUAGUCUCAGAUUAUGCCAUGACAGAAAUGUAGAGUUUAUUCUUUUUUUUUUUAUAAAAAAAGAAACAUUUUAUUCCUAAAUUGUAAAUGCUUGUCUGUGAGGAUUUUAUGAACAAUAGUUAAAAAUGGUCAUCACCAAUGGAGCUAAUGUAUACAAAUGGCUAUUUUGUUUUUUUAAUAUGUACACAAUGCCAGUGGAGAUCUCCCUGGCAUUGUAGCUUCUGGGGCCAAUGACACCUUCUAACACAGAGGUUUGCAGAGGAAGACGUGCUGCUCAUCAGACACACUCAGGUCUAUCCCAGCAAGUGAGAACUUGGAUGGAAGUAUGUGAGCUCUGUGCUUUGGAGGGUCGAGAUGAGUCUGUCCUCCAAGCUCACCACAGUAUGAUGAAUGUUGCUAGAUUUCAGAUGCAUUUUACUCAGUGGUUUUACUCAGCUUCAAGUGAUAACAUUUCAGUUUGGCUGCUUUCACUUCCCAAUCAUUACAAUGUAUGGAGUAGAUGCAGGACAAAAAUUGUAUAUUUACAGGGCAAAAAGAUUUUAAAUUAACAAUGAACUUGUAUUGACUUCAGGUUGGGUUGCACCUGAAUGUGUCUAGAGCUAGACUUCUAGCUUACUAACAUAAUUCUGUAAAUGAAGCAAGAGAUAAAUAAUAAUUUAAUUACAGUAAAAGCUAAAAUGUCAUAACAGGGUGUUCCUUGAGUGAAAUGAGGGAAAUAAAAUAACUAUGUUCCUGUAAGAGAGAAAUUUGGGGAAGAGAAGGAAAAAACGGGGCUACAGCAGUCCUCUGUUAAUUCAGUUAAUUUGGAGUUGCUCAGGCUGAUUUAAAAAAUAAUAAUUUCAAAAGUAAAUGACUCCUCCUUAGUAAUCAUGCUGUGACUUUGUUAGUUUGGAGAUGCAAGAGUUGACAAUACCAAUGGUGGACACCUGUAGUAGCACAGUCAAGAACUUUCCAUUCAGGACUGUGAGCUUUACACAUUUCACGGGCAAACCAGCGUAAUUUUCUGGAUGGGUGAGGCCCAGAAAUUGCUUUGGGAGCAGUUUUGGUUUAGCACUUAGUUGUUAAACUGCUCCUGUUGCAGAAAGUUAGAGUACAGUGCAAAGGAGAAGUCUGUUCUGCCCAGGAUGCCCUCUUUCUGCCUGUAAAUGGCUGAAAAGGGGAAUAGUGGUAUUUUUAGAUGGCUAAGGCGAAACAGGCUGCACUUGCACUGAUAACUAGGAUGUGCCAUGUGAAAACAGGAAAUCCUUUUGAGAUUUAAAUGUCUGGGCACAUGCAGUAGCAGUUCUUUUCUCUGAAGGUGCUACUAGUCACACUGUUACUGGCAGCAGAAUAAGGAAAGCUGACCUUUGUGAAGAGGGGUGUCGGCUUCUUUAGCCUGUGUGCCUUAUGCAGCCAGGCCCACCCUUCUGUCUGUGCUGAUGCUGCUACCACCAACGGAGCCUACAUUCUUUGCAAGGCAGCAGGAAAUCUGUGACUGCUGCUGCCUGACAUCCUGCUCAGCUCUUGAACUGCACCUUCUCAAGUUAGCCUUCCUGUGGGUGACCCCAGGUAUUUAAUUGUUCAUCUUGGUUUUUUUUGGUCAGUGCAAAUACUGAACAAAGGAGAAGAAUUAAAAGCAAGCUCAGUUUUAUAGUUUCUUUCUGUAACAAGUUUGCAUCUGAGUGAAAGAAGCAAAGCAGUUUUCACAGAAAAGUUCUGGACACCUGAUAAAUAGGAAAAGCUCUUCCACAGUCAGAUCUCUGGAGGGAGUUAUGUAUAUAGCAGACUGCAGAAGGACACAGGUAGAACAUCGGAUGCUCUUUUUUUCUGCAACUAUCACAAAGGAAAAACCUGAGCUUCUAAGCAAUCAUAUUUCUCUGUGAGAGUGGAAUACAGACUCUUCCAAUCUCUGUGUGUGAGCUGUGAGGACAUCUUAGUGCUUGUGAGUGAAACACAGCAGCUGUGUGUUGGAGUUGGCUGGGUUCUGAAAGAGGGAGAGACCUGUCCUGUAGAGACCUCAUCCCCGAUUUGAGUUCAGAGCUGAUGUUCUCAGCACCAUUCUGUGGUUUUCCUUGAACAAGCUGCUGCUGCUGUAGGAAUGUGUGACUGUAGUGUCAUAUACCUCUUCCUAUAUCAUUCUCUAAAAUAAAACUUCUGCUUGACUUGA